AUGGCCAAAGGAGCGCCCGCCACGUCCUCUCCCACCGCCGCGACCCCUCCCUCUGGGGCGUUAAAACGAACGACCCCCAGCACCCAGAACAUGCGAAAUCAAAAGUCAAUUCUCGGCUUUUUCCAAAAAUCAUCCCCUUCGACUCCAGGAACGGCUCGCAACGCGGAGCCCGCGUCGUCACCGGCCCAGAGAGCCUCAGAGCAGCGGACGUCAAACGCUGGCACAGGGGCAGCGAAGAAAAGGAGUGUUCCGCAAUUUUCGGGCUUGACUCCCGUCCCCAGCAGUGAUCUAGCAUUACCAGAAGGGGAGGAUGAAGAUAAAUUUCAGACCAGCCCCCAUGGACAGGCCGAAAAGCAGACUGCCUCGCCGUCUGGUCGGACCAAGAAGAAAGUAAACUAUGCGGAAUCUGACUCCGAAGGCGAGGAUGACGACGAAGUUAUAUUUCGCCCAGGUCGGAGGAACAACGGGGCAUCGAAAAGGAGAAAGACCGCUCCUGACAGCGAUGACGAGUUUGAUCAGGGCGGAGAGUAUGCCGGUUAUUCCGAUGAUGAGAUGGAUGGCUUUAUCGUUGCCGACGAGUCAGAUGAGGAGGUAAAACCCGCUAAAAAGCGCAAAAGACCUUCGGUCCAACCGAAAAGCAAGUCCUCAUCUCUGCCGCCUCCAGUUUCGAUGGAGGACGGCCCAGAUCUAGAUAUACCGGAGGCCUCUUCCGGCUCCGCCAUUAAGUGGACGUACGACCCGGAUAACUCAGAGCCUCGCCAGAAUCGAACGCCUCCGCCCUCCUCGAAGAGUUCAUCCGGUGCAGCCAAUCAGAAAGCGCAUCUCACGGAACCCGAACAGCGCUACCCUUGGUUGGCAAACAUUCGAGAUAUUGAUGGCCACUCCCCAGGUCACCCCGAGUAUGAUCCUCGCACCCUGUACAUACCCCCGCUGGCCUGGACGAAGUUUUCUCCAUUCGAGAAGCAAUACUGGGAGAUUAAGCAGAAGUUCUGGGACACUGUCGUCUUUUUCAAAAAGGGCAAGUUCUAUGAACUCUAUGAGAAUGACGCCACAAUCGGCCACCAACUGUUCGAUCUCAAACUCACUGAUCGUGUCAACAUGCGGAUGGUCGGUGUCCCCGAAAUGAGCUUGGAUCACUGGGCAAAUCAAUUUGUGGCCAAAGGAUACAAGAUUGCCCGUGUGGACCAAGCCGAAUCUGCCCUAGGCAAAGAGAUGCGCGAGAGAGAUGGGAAGAAGGGCGGCAAAGAGGACAAGAUCAUUCGACGAGAGCUUGCCUGUGUGCUCACGGCCGGUACUCUGGUCGAGGGAUCUAUGCUCCAGGAUGAUAUGUCCACUUACUGUGUUGCAAUCAAAGAAGCUAUCGUUGACGAUCUUCCGACGUUUGGCAUUGCGUUCGUUGACACCGCCACCGGCCAGUUUUUCCUGUCCGAGUUUAGAGAUGAUGCCGACAUGACAAAAUUUGAAACCUUUGUUGCGCAGACUCGUCCGCAGGAAUUACUCCUUGAGAAGUCCACAAUCUCAACUAGGGCUCUUCGAAUUUUGAAAAACAACACCGGGCCCACGACGAUAUGGAACUACCUAAAACCAGGAAAGGAGUUCUGGGAGGCCGAAAUCACGGUCAAGGAGCUUGAUGUGAGCGAGUAUUUUGUCUCACAGGACGAUGAUAAUCUCAAGGCGUGGCCUGAACCUCUUCGGGAAGCUCGUAAUAAGGAAUUUCUCAUGUCCGCAUUCGGGGCCUUGGUCCAAUAUCUCCGAGUUCUGAAACUUGACCGUGAUCUGAUAACAAUUGGCAACUUUUCGUCGUACGAUCCGAUCAAGAAAGCAUCUAGCCUCGUCCUGGACGGCCAAACGCUUAUUAACAUGGAGAUUUUCGCCAAUUCAUUUGACGGUGGCGCAGAUGGAACACUAUUCCAGCUUCUGAAUCGUUGCAUCACCCCCUUUGGUAAACGGAUGUUCAAGCAGUGGGUUUGCCACCCCCUCGUGGACACACAGAAGAUCAAUGCCAGACUAGAUGCCGUCGAUGCCUUAAAUGCAGACCCAAGCAUCAGAGAUCAGUUCUCCUCGCAGUUGACCAAGAUGCCUGACUUGGAACGUCUGAUCUCUCGUAUCCAUGCAGCUAACUGCAAAGCCCAAGACUUUGUGCGUGUGCUAGAAGGGUUCGAGCAGAUUGAAUACACGAUGAGCCUGCUGAAGGAAAGCGGCUCAGGAGAAGGCGUUAUCGGCAGGCUGAUCAGUGGCAUGCCCGAUUUGAGCGACUUGCUUGAGUAUUGGAAAACGGCAUUUGACCGUACCAAAGCCAAAGAAAAUGGUAUUCUAGUACCCAAACCAGGGGUUGAAGAAGACUUUGAUGGCUCACAGGACCGUAUUGAGCAAUUGCACAAAGGACUGGAUGAUCUGCUCAAACGGACACGUCGCGAGUUUGGAUCCAGCGCGAUCUGUUACAAGGACAACGGUAAAGAAAUUUAUCAGCUUGAGGUGCCGAUUAAGGUGAAGAAUAUUCCCAAGAGCUGGGACCAGAUGUCUGCCACCAAGCAAGUCAAACGUUACUACUUUCCUGAACUGCGGGCUCUCAUUCGCAGGUUGCAGGAAGCUCAGGAGACACACAGUCAGAUCGUGAAGGAAGUCGCUGGCCGAUUCUAUGCACGGUUUGAUGAGCACUAUGCUGUCUGGCUCACAGCUGUCAAAGUCAUCUCCAAUCUGGAUUGCUUGAUCAGCUUGGCUAAAGCUUCGGCCGCGUUGGGUGAACCUAGCUGCCGUCCUAUGUUCGUUGAUAACAAACGGAGUGUCCUGGAGUUCGAGGAGCUGCGGCACCCAUGCCUCCUCUCUUCAGUUGACGAUUUCAUUCCCAAUAAUGUCAGGCUGGGAGGUGACUGCGCCAACAUUGAUCUCCUUACCGGAGCCAAUGCUGCCGGAAAGUCCACUGUUCUUCGGAUGACUUGCGUAGCGGUGAUAAUGGCCCAGAUCGGCUGCUACCUGCCCUGCCAGUCUGCCCGGCUGACUCCUGUUGAUCGCAUCAUGUCUCGUCUGGGUGCCAACGACAACAUCUUUGCGGCACAGUCGACCUUCUUCGUAGAAUUGUCUGAGACUAAGAAGAUCCUGUCCGAAGCUACACCCCGUUCGCUCGUCAUUCUGGACGAGCUGGGACGUGGAACUAGCUCCUACGAUGGAGUGGCUGUGGCUCAAGCGGUCCUGCAUCAUGUCGCCACCCAUAUUGGAGCCCUGGGGUUCUUCGCAACGCAUUACCAUUCCCUCGCGGCUGAAUUCGAAGGACAUCCUGAAAUCUCUCCGAAGCGGAUGAAGAUCCAUGUUGAUGAUGAGGAAAAACGUAUCACCUUCCUCUACAAGCUGGAGGAAGGUGUCGCAGAGGGCAGUUUUGGAAUGCAUUGUGCGUCCAUGUGCGGUAUACCUAAGAAGGUCAUCGAGACGGCGGAGGAUGCCGCGAAACAAUGGGAACAUACAAGUCGUCUGAAAGAGAGCCUUGAGCGCCGAAAGGGCGGCGGUUUCGUCGGCUUGGGCUGGUGGAGCGAUGUAGCAUGGGCUCUUCGUGAGUCAUCAGAUGCUGAUAUCGACGCUGAAGUCUCCGAGCGUAGCUUGGAAGUGCUCCGUAAAGCCAUCGAAGCUCUAUGA